UAUAUUAUGCCAUGAGAGUGACAGAUCUUAAAAAAUUUUAACAUAAGUGUUUUUAACGUUUGUGUAAUUGGAAAUUUUUACUGCAAUGGAUCCAGCAUUGCUUAGAGAGCGAGAGCUCUUUAAGAAAAGAGCUCUUACAACUCCUACUGUGGAAAAGAAGAAAAAGGAACAAGAAAAAGAUUCUGUCCGAGAUGAGCCGCUUAAGAAAAAGCCAAAAUUAUCCUCUGUGUCCAGCGGUCCCAAAUCGGACAUGGUUAACUAUAAAACUAUGUCUGGUAGUACUCAAUAUAAAUUUGGUGUGUUAGCUAAAAUAGUGAAACACAUGAAAGCUAGGCAUCAAGAAGGUGACGAUCAUCCGUUAACAUUGGAGGAAAUCUUAGAUGAAACUAACCAAUUAGAUGUUGGAUCGAAGGUAAAACAAUGGCUUCAAACAGAAGCUCUUAUUAAAAAUCCAAAGAUAGAAGUAACAUCUGACAGCAGAUUUGUAUUUAAAGCAAUGUAUAAAAUCAAAGAUAAAAAAUCUCUAUUAAGAUUAUUAAAGCAACAGGACUUGAAAGGUCUUGGUGGAAUUUUAUUAGAAGACAUACAAGAAAGCUUGCCGCACUGUGAUAAACAUUUAAAGAGUUUACAAAAUGAGAUAUUAUUCAUAACUCGACCUCUAGACAAAAAGAAAAUUGUCUUUUAUAAUGACAAAACAGCCCAGUUACCAAUAGAUGAUGAAUUUCAAAAAUUGUGGAGGGCUGUUGCAGUCGAUGCAAUGGAUGAUCAAAAAAUUGACGAGUACCUUGAAAAGCAAGGAAUCAGAUCAAUGCAGGAUCAUGGCCCUAAAAAGCCAGCUCCGAUCAAAAGAAAGAAACCUGUUAAUAAGAGAAAACAAUUCAAAAAGCCAAGGGAUAAUGAACAUUUAGCGGAUGUUUUGGAAACAUACGAUGAUUCCAAAUAGAUAUUCUUUAAGUCUUGUAAAUAAAAGGAAUUGAUAAUUGAACUGUUUAAAGAGAAAUGAGAGUGUUUUGUAAUCUUAACUCUGUCCUUAAUAUAAUAGUUCAUAUGCACCAAAAAUUAAUUUUGGAGGUAAAG